AUGCCUGGAAAUACCGUUAUAGUCAAGCCUAAAGGUCUACUGAGAGGACAAGGAUGGAAGAAAGAAACUGUCUUAGUCACAGAAUUGCGGAUACCGUUCAUACGAUGUUAAUGUGCCUCUAUGGAAAACUAUCUGCAAGAAACCGUGUUGAGACCACAAAGGCUAUAUACAGAACCUGCUCAAUGCGCUAAGAUGGAACUAAAUACCGUUAAACGAACACGUUCGGGGAGCUUAGUGAAAAUGCCGCAAAGAUACUCCAGCAGAUCUUAAAUUGCAAAUUUACUGGAGAACGGUGUUAGAAGGUGCACCAUAUUGCGAUGCAUCAUGGGAUGUCCGUGGAGAUACAACUUUUCGUAAUGGCGUUGAGUUGAGUUUACUGUUCGUGUCUGUUAAGAUUGGUCUUGUAAAACACUGAUAAACAGAAAAGUUGUUCAACGACGCAAUCACUCUACAUAUUAUUGUUAAUUCCUCAACAGAACUUUAACUGUAAAGCGUAAGCAUGCCUUUAAGGAAUGAUAAUUUGACUUCUUCGGUGGUAUUUGUGUUGAAGUAUUAGGCAGUUGUAAAAAGAUUUUGUUUCGAAUAGAAUUCCGUUGCUCAUUACACUACACGAAAAAUUUACUCACUGACAGUGCAAAUUUGGCGCAAAAAAGUGCAAACUAAGGUUAAAUAAAGGGCAAAGAUGGUAAAUACCGCAUUUGCCCUCAAAUUUACAGCCCCGGGUAAACUGGCAAGCAAAUGCGGCAUUUAGCAUCUUUGCUUUUGAUUUCCCCCUAGUUUGCACUUUUUUGCACCAUAUUUGCGCCGAGUAAAUUUUUGUAAAUCUGAUUUUUCGUGCAGUGAAUUAUCAUUAAAAUGGGAAGAGAAUUAUUUCCUAUGUUCUACUUUGUUACUUCGUUUUGCAGAGUACUCCAAUAACAUAAACCAAAAAAAGAACGAGGUUAAUAAGAAGCAGCAAAGUGCCAGGAAAUUAUUGGAUGAAUUUAUCAGAGAGAUUGACGUCAGUUGUCAACAAGGUAGGGGGAGGAACAUCCUCGAAGAACAAGGACAGCUACUCACUUGUUGUAAACAUUCGCUGCUACUCGGUUUUUGAGGAUGGGAGAAGGACUCAAAUAAGCAAAGAGGAGGGUUUGCAAGACACGUAUUUCUAGUUAAUUUAAUCAUAACAACCAUACGAAGGGAACUGCCUGGCCUCUUUGAAAGAGCGCACUUUUAACAUUUGGGCAUCUUUAAUAUUUUUGCUUAUGUAAUCGACUUGCAAGCCAUAAAAAAAUGCUAAAUUGAGAAGUUGAAAUUAUAGCUUAGUACAUGCAGUUGUAUACCUUUCGAAGGAGCAAGAGGCAUGGGUUCCUUCUCAAACAAUGCACUGGGUUAAGUAAGAGACCAACUGAACAUGUCCUGGUGAAGAAGGAACAAAGCGCUAUCAUCAUCAGUCGUAAAUGUUUCAAAGGGUUUAUUCACAACACAUUCAGGUGCGAAUUUCCGCUCUGCAUGAAGGAUUUUCGAAGUGGAAAAAGCUUUACUACGAUUUGAUCAAAAAGAUCAACUUUAAUUUAAGAUUUUCACAAUCCCUUUUUGAAAUACAUUAUUGAAACUUGUAUAGUAAAAAGAUAAUAGUGUUAGAUUUUCACCUCGAUGUAAGAACUGUAAAGUUUUUCUUGAGUUAUCAUUCACCCCAUGUAAGGGAAUCCAGGGCAGUCUUGAAUUCUGAAAUCCACGCUGAGGAUUCUGGAUUCCAGGUACUGGAUUCCCCUAUUUGUCAGUGGAACUUGGAUUCCGGAUUGCAAUCGUUAGUAGGAUUCCGGAUUCCUUGGGCUGUUUUCCGGAUUCCAAAGCCCAGGAUUCCGGAUUCCAUAAGCAAAAUUUUCCGGGGUUCCGGAAUCUGGAUUUCCUUACAUGGGGCGAUAUCAUUAUUCCUUUUUUAAACUCUUAUUGCGUUAAAUCCGAUGUUUCCUUCGUUUUACAUAGCUCGUGGGUAUUACAGGUUCUCACGACGAGGAUGAGCCCAUUUUAGAUGCAUUUGUAACCAGUUUGGUUAAACUAAAUUCCGUUUUGCAUGUUUAAGCCUCGAUGUACGUAUGCCCUGUGAAAACCCUGCUCCGCGGUACCUGGUGUUAAAAGUUGCAUUUCAAUGUGAGGCUCCGUUUUUAAGGAGAAAAGGUCCCGGAAAAGUGGGUCACUCUUCCAAACGAGUCAACAAUGCACGCAUGCGUGCUCUUAUUACCUAAAACACCGCUCGCGCAUGCUCUGAUUGUCUCGCCUUGACCAAGUUGACCCGGCUGGGCGAGCCAAGGUGUUUUUAUGGAGGAAAGUUGGCCCGGUUAGGUGGGCGACCCUGGCAUCGAAUAAGGGUGAAACAACAAGCGUGGCCAGUAGACCCUUCUAGCCGAGCCAACUUUUGUUUGCCAUGUUAACAGUUUACCAAGUUGUAUAACGAGAUGAACACGAAGCGUCGGAACGGUUGGCUCGCGCCCAGGGUACCUCGGGUUGGCGAGUGACCCUUCUACACGGAACAACUUUUCUCAAUAUAAACGGGACCUUAGGUUCGUAUGCCUUUAAGAAGUACGUUAAAUCGAUCCAGCAUAAAAAUACCAAUUUAUAACAUUAAGAUUCAUUUCUUCUUCUCAACUUAGAAAUAACAUGCAACUUUGAUGUAUCAAUGUGCGGUUUCGAGCCAGGCAAAGAUGGGACGCUUGACUGGACUCGACACAGGAGAAGCCCAUCUUCCAGUAAAGGACCUUCCUUUGAUCACACCACUGGAAACAUGACAGGUGAACUCUAAACUAAUUAAAUUACAACUAGCCAGACUUACUAUUAGCAGCGACAGUUACGGUUAUUUAGAGCAUCCAGUGAUCAAAUUGUAGACAAAAAGAAUUAAACCAAAAUUGUUUUUUUUUAGGUUUCAUAUCUAAAUCCGAAUUUUGCACUAUCCUGGGUUAUCUUUACCCAGCCUUGAGCAAUCCAGCCCAAAUCCACCUUUUUUUCUUAUUCUGAAAGCAACGUUAAUAUUUAACCCCCAGGGGCCCCUCCUUACUUUUUAGAUACGACUUAGGCCCGUUUGGCCAAGAAAAAUUAUCCUGGAGACCGGCUACCCUUAUUCUUAGGGCCCCGUUGAGCGAAACAGCCCCCCCCCUCCCCACUUACUUGAUGAUCUGAAUCCGCUAAUAUAUAGUAGCCCUUUUUGCUCCUGCUAAACAAUAUACAGUUGCAUGUAGCUCUUCCCGUGGCUCUCUACUCCAGAAAGGAGCCUUAAUACUGAAGUUUUUAUUUUUACAAAAGGCUUUUUAAGCUGAUCAGUCUACCUUACUCACGUUGCACUUACGAGGUCAGAGAACUGUUUUAGCAUUUGCGCGCAAACUUUGAAAAAUCUUAUUCUAGGUCAACUGCAAAACGUUUUUUAGUAAGCACGGGUGAUUUUUCUUCCCUGUAUCCGUAUCUCUUUGUAAGUUCUUACACGUUCAUUUUUUACAGUUAUGUAGUCAACAAGAACUUACAAAUGAUUUUGAAGAAAUGAUCGUCGCAGUGAACGCAAUUUAUGCUAUUGCGUAAAAAAGCCUGAAAAAAAUUCAGGACUUCAACGGGGUUUGAACCCGUGACCUCGCAGUUACCGGUGCGAUGCUCUACCAACUGAGCUAUGAAGCCACUGACGUUGGGAGCAGGUCAAUUGUGGGUUCAUAUGUUCCUGUGAAAAAAAUGAGUGUUAAUAAUAUAUGAAAUAAAUCAUAUAUGAACUGCGGAAAUUGCGAAGUCACGGGUUCAAACCCCUUUGAAGUCCUGAAUUUUUUUUCAGGCUUCUGCGACGAUCAUUUCUUCAUUUUCAUUUCAUUUCCGCAGUUCAUAUAUGAUUUAUUUCGUAUAUUAAUAAGAAGAACUAACAAAAUUGGACAGUCAGUCCUCAACUUAAAACUACGGGUUAGUUAUAAGUUGCUACCCUCUAUCCAUCUUUAUCUCUUUAAAGGUUAUUACAUAUACAUAACAGCAUCCAGUCCACAUCAACCAGGUGAUGAUGCAAAAUUGUACAGUCCUCCACUGAAGUUCUUUGGGAUUAUGUGCCUUGAAUUCUAUUACUAUUUGUCUGGUGCUGCUAAUGGAAGCCUGAACGUCACCAUAAAUGAAACAGUAGUGUUCUCUGCGAGUGGUGAUAAAGGAGGCAUAUGGCAUAAAGCUAGUAUAAAUAUAUCAUCUAUUGUGGGAUUGCAUUGGGUAAGCAUUAAUGAGACCACAUCGAUAUCAAAACCGUCUGAAAACGGUUUUCUCUAAACGCAGUAGGAAGCCAAUGAUUUUAAGCGGCAUAAGGGAGGAAUCUUUGACAACCUUUUGAGAAUUUUCGAGAGUCUAAAUUCCACAAAUCUUACUUUACACGGACUUUCUGUAUUUAUCAGCAAAACAAGUAAAACUAUAAUACUUCAUCUGAUCAUUAACUAUAAAUUAAACACAUACAAAAUGUAAGUUAUAAAUCACUCGAAAGUUCGCAAAUGCAAAGAAAAAUGUCACUUAGCGUUUCAAAGCGGAUGUGCUUGCUGUUCGUUUCAAUCAUUUAGUUCUUUAAACUUUCCAGUUAAUUUUUCAUUUCUGCAAUAUUAAUUGGUCUUUAAAGCCCAUCAUUAAAGCGACCUUUCCAGACUGAUCACACUGUAAUACCAUGUUUUUGACAGGUAACAUUUGAGGGCGUAGUAGGAAGCAGUAUAACUGGUGACAUAGCAAUUGAUGACUUCUUCUUCGCAGGGGGGUCUUGUCCCUAUGGUAAGUACUUCGAUCAAAGAAGGAAAAAAGAUUUCUUCAAAACAAUGGAUAAAAAAUAUGUAUUUGUUACGAAGUAUGUUAUACUUGCAUUGAAACUAUUUACGGUUGUCUUUAAAAGAAGUGACAGAAGUAUAUCGUCGGAUCACACUUAAAGGGUAGAUUUAUUUGUAAUAUGCGCGUAUAGCAGUAGUAUUCUCCCAUUGCAAUUUUUCGUUGAUUUUAAGCUCAAAACCAAUUGAACGAGUAGAUGCGACGGCUAUACGCGUUGCACGGAAUACUCUCUCCCUUUCCGCAGAGGCCUCUUUGUGUCGUAGGCCGAGGCUGGGGAGAAGGGAAAAGGGAAAAUGAAAGUGCAAGGGGGGGGGGGGGACAUCGUCCAGUGAGUGCUUGCUGGUUUUUUUUUUUUUUUUUUUAUUUUUUAGUUUUUUUUUUUGACGAGUUGAGUAUCCUUUCUCGAGUCGUGAACAGUAUAAGUUGAAGUCAGUUACUAUGCUAGGUAUUUGUAGGCCAGAAUUCGCUCGUUGGAACUUCAUCUUGGCAAAAAAAAGUUCUGUGCAAAGUCUUUUUUGA